AUGAGCUCCGAAGACGUAAUUCCGCCGGGUCCGAAGGGAUUGUAAGCUGUUUUUCAAAUUCAAAUAACAAUUGAACGAAUUCAGGGCGAAAAUGAAAGCGGAAGUGGUCGUCGGCCAAAUCCGAUCGCUGAUUCGCAUUCUGGAGAGCGUCGCCAACAAAGUGUCGGUCGGAAAUCGACUAGAACCGGAUCAGCAAUCGAUGGUCGACGACAUCAUCUCGAUGACGCUCGAUUUCCAGGAGAAAGUCGUCGCCCGAACGAACAAUUACAUCAGCAAUAAUCAUGGGAAACUGGCGGCAGAUCCGAGCAAAAAGAUUCCGAGCGAGAAGCCGUUGUUUCCUGUUAAAAGAAUGAAAAUUCAAUCGAAACAAGCGUCUCCGUUCAAUUUUUCCGUUCGUCCGGUUGAAGAGACCGAGCAAAAAAUUAUUGAAACGGUACUUGGGUUUAAAAUAUUUAAUUUCGAAAAUUUUUCCAUUUUAGGCAGCCAAUUUUCUGGCGAAAGAGGUAAAAAUAGAGCCGGAAGAUAUUGCGGAAGAAGCGGAAGCACCGAAUUUGGUUCCCAGCGCUCACCGGCCCAUUCACGCCAAAAACCGAUAUUUUCGCAUGACGGAAGAACCAGUAGAAGUCGCCGACGAUGGAAAAGAUGUAGAAGAUCAAUGGGAGCAACUUGAGAACGACUUCAUGGACGUUCUAGAAGACGACGACGAAAAAGAACCGACUGGUGCGCGGAACAUCACGUGCAACAUGCUUGGAAAACGCAGAAAACCAAGCAAUCGGCGAUGCGCACUGUGCAAUCGACUGAGAAACCCGGAAGACGUCAAAAAUGUGACAAUCGACACCGAACGCCUGAUCGUGGCCCUCGGCGCCGUGCAUCGCAAGCGAAUCAGCACUCGCGAGGCCCGUCUGCUUCUGCACUAUCCCACAAAGACCUAUAUUUGUCGAAUUCACUUCGGAGACGCUUGCGAUGCGAUUUUCGAUAUGAUGAACGUGCAGAGCCUCAACGAAAUUGUCGAGUGCAAACCGGAUUUGUUCACUGAUAUUCUGUCCCUGGUGACGCAGAUCCGAGGCGUCAGUUCGAGCGCUUUUCAGCUGAAAAGACUUUUGAUAUGUUUUAUGGAAAAGUACUGCGAUAAUAAUGAUGUGAGAGAGAGAGAACGAAUGAGUGAAUAAACAUGGAAAAUCUUUCAGGUUGCUCCUCGAAAACCGGAAAAAGCUGAUCGCCUUAUAGCGCCGAAGACUUUGCGUGCGCCCCGGAAGCAGAUACUCGAAUCGGAUCAGUACGAUUCAACGGUGAAACUCGUCGAACAAGAAACGUUCAAAUUGCCGACCGCCCAGCUGGACGGCCACAGUCAAUACCUCGAGCAGCCGGAGACGUGCCGCUUCUGUCUGCUUCGCGACGAGCGCAGCCGCAUGUCGAAAAUCGCGAAAUCCGGGGACAAUAUGGCGAGAUGGGCACACAAACUGGGACCUGACUUCGCUGCUCGACUCAAUCCCGACGGUGACAACUUCAUCUGCCGCACUCAUUUUCCCGACGCGUCGUUCAACAGACGCGGCCGGCUUCGGAAGGGCAUGUUCCCGAAGGUCGAGCAGGAAACGGUCGUGGUCACGUACCAGAUCAAGGGGACCGACUUUCUGAAGGUCGAGGAGGCGAAGACCGGGACCGACAGAGAGGCCAGUGUGGAUUUGGAGUGUUCGGAUAGUCCAGGAACGUCAGGGAACAGAGAUUUUGAGGACGAGGUCAAGUAUGUGACUACUGACUAGAUCAUUCAAAGUUUGAGAAAUGAAUUUUACAGAAUGACUCAAGAAUUCAUCGAUAUUACCCAUAGAUAG